AUGCUGGUUCCGUGGCCGCCCACUGAAGCGAGCGCCGUCCUCUGGUGCGACAGCCGCCCGAGGUCCGCGGCGCCUGCGCCUAUCCACCCACCGCGCCUGCGCCUACCCACCCGCGGUGCCUGCGCCUACCCACCCACCGCGCCUGCGCCUACCCACCCACCGCGCCUGCGCCUACCCACCCGCGGCGCCUGCGCCUACCCACCCACCACGCCUGUGCCUACCCACCCACUGUGCCUGCGCCUACCCACCCACCGCGCCUGUGCCUACCCACCCACCGCGCCUGCGCCUACCCACCCACGGCGCAUGCGCCUACCCACCCGUGGCGCCUGCGCCUACCCACCCACCGCGCCUGCGCCUACCCACCCACCGCGCCUGCGCCGACCCACCCGCGGCGCCUGCGCCUACCCACCCACCACGCCUGCGCCUACCCACCCACUGUGCCUGCGCCUACCCACCCACCGCGCCUGUGCCUACCCACCCACCGCGCCUGCGCCUACCCACCCACGGCGCAUGCGCCUACCGACCCGUGGCACCUGCGCCUACCCACCCACCGCGCCUGCACAUACCCACCCACCGUGGCUGCGCCUACCCACCCACCGCGCCUGCGCCUACCCACCCACCGCACCUGCGCCUACCCACCCACCGUGGCUGCGCCUACCCACCCACCGCGCCUGCGCCUACCCACCCACCGCGCCUGUGCCUACCCACCCACUGCGCCUGCGCCUACCCACCCACCGCGCCUGCGCCUACCCACCCACCGCGCCUGCGCCUACCCACCCACCGCGCCUGCGCCUACCCACCCGCGGCGCCUGCGCCUAUCCACCCACCGCGCCUGCGCCUACCCACCCGCGGCGCCUGCGCCUACCCACCCACUGCGGCUGCCAACCUCCGCAAGGGCAGCUCCAGUCGCUCAGCCCUAGAGCCACCCACGUCUGCCACAGAAGCCGUCUUCCUGACGCCGCCCUCGCACCGGCGGCGUCCCUUCAGCAUGCUCACACAGAGAGCCAACUCACAGGGCCGGUCAUGUUCACUUCACUUUCACAAACGUAA